UACAAUAAAAAUCCUAUAAAUAGAUCUUCAUCACCAACAAACAAAGACACAGACACAAACACAAACACAAGUAGCAGCAGCAGCAAUGGAGAUGAGUAAGAAGAUGGUAGUUGUUUCAGUGAUGGUUAUGGUUGUGGUGUUUGGGUUGUUGGAUGAUGGUGUGAAAGCACAACAAGCAAGCAAUGUGAGAGCCACAUAUCACUACUACAAUCCAUCACAGAACAACUGGGAUUUGAAUGCUGUGAGUGCAUAUUGUGCAACAUGGGAUGCUGACAAGUCUCUAGCUUGGAGGCAGAAGUAUGGAUGGACUGCUUUUUGUGGCCCUUCAGGGCCUACAGGUCAGGCUGCUUGUGGAAAGUGUUUGUUGGUGACUAAUACUAAAACUAAUGCUCAAGUAACAGUGAGAAUAGUGGACCAGUGUUCUAAUGGAGGCCUGGACUUAGAUUGGAGUGUGUUUCAGCAGAUUGACACUGAUGGUAGUGGUUAUGCUCAAGGUCAUCUGAUUGUCAACUAUCAGUUUGUGGAUUGUGGAGAUAACUAGCUUUAUCUAUCUACUUAUCUAUGUAUGAAUAACAAGGGUGUUACUGUUAUCUCCAUCAUACAGAGCUAAUGGAGGACAAUAAUGAUGUAUGCUUGUAUCUGGGCUUCAAAUAAAUGAUAAAGAUAUUAUCUGAAUA